AUGGACCUCAGAACAACGGUUUCUCUUCUGCUGCUGCUUCUAGGCCUCUGUAAUGCUCACCAUGGCAAUGAUCAGGAUGGUGCUGGUAAUGAGAUCUUAGAGGAUAAGUCUAACGUGGAGGACAUUACGACAACUAUUCUGAGGAUGAACAAUAGAUCUAGUGAUUUUCUGCUGGAAGGUGACGUGUUCAUUCCCAAAACCAGGAAUGCUAUGAAGUGCUUAAACAAGGCAUUUUCCUGUCUGUGGCCAAAGUCCGCUAACGGGAAGGUGGAAAUCCCUUUCCUUAUAAGCCAAGAAUAUGAUGACACUGAGAGGAGUACGAUUUUACAGGCCACGAAGGACUUUGAAUCCAAAACCUGCAUCCGCUUCAUUCCACGUGCAACUCGGACGGAGUACAUAAGCAUUGAACCAAGAGUUGGCUGUUCCUCUUUACUGGGCCGUAUUGGAGACAAGCAGGUGGUGUCGCUGCAGAGGUUCGGCUGCGUACAAAAGGGCAUCAUCCAGCACGAACUGCUGCACGCGCUGGGUUUCUACCACGAACACACCCGCAGCGACCGCGACCAGCACGUCAGAAUCAACUGGGCAAACAUCAGUGAAUAUUAUGUCAGCGACUUCCAACUGAUGGACACCAAUAAUCUCAACACUCCGUACGACUACUCCUCUAUCAUGCACUACGGAAGAACUGCCUUCGGAAAGAAUCGAUCAGAAACCAUAACUCCCAUCCCUGACCCCUCUGUCCCCAUCGGGCAGACAGUGGGUCUGUCUGACAUCGAUAUAAUCAAGAUCAACAGGCUCUACAAGUGCUAG